AUGACUGAUAACUGUUUAUAUGUUUAUAACUUAACGAAGAAUACAAGUGUAGAACAUUUGAAUGAAAUAUUUAUGAAUUUUGGAAAAUUAAUUGAUAUAAAUUAUGUAUUAAAUGAUGAUAAUUUAAGCAAAGAUAAAAAUGAUAAUUUAAUUUAUGCUAAAAUCGAAUUUGAAAAUCCCAAUGAUGCCAAAACUGCAAUAGAGUAUAUGGAUGGGGGACAAAUCGAUGGGAAAACUAUAUCAAUAAAACAUGAACAUGAAAUAAUUAAAAAAAAUAAUAAUAAAAGAGUUAGUAAAGAAAGAAAUGAAAAAGACGACAGUUAUAAAUAUAGCGCUUCACGCUCUAGUUCAUCCAAUAGUUCAAAAGCCAAAUCGAAUACGUCACAAAUCAAAAAAAAAAAUAAAAGCAAAAAAAAACAAAAAAAAUAUAAGUAA